UUAUCUGCACCAAUACCCAAGACAACAGGAAUGGCUGUCUCAGUUCUUCGCCUGAUGGUAAUCCUAGGACUGAGUGCCCUAAUCUUGACAUGCCAUGCAGAUGACAACCCAGAUGAGAAACCAGACAACAAGCCUGAUGACUCUAGUAAAAAUCCAGAGCCAGGAUUCCCCAAAUUCUUAAGCAUCCUGGGUUCUGAGAUCAUUGAGAAUGCAGUGGAUUUCAUCCUUCGCUCCAUGUCCAGGGGAUCAAGUUUUAUGGAAUUUGAAGGCGACCCUGGAGAACAACCUUCAAAAGUGACAUCUUAAGGGCACACCCAUUUGGCAGCCACACAAAGCAAGGACAACCAGAUCCUGAACAUCCAGUUUUGUUUCACAAGUCGUGCAGAGCCAAAGACCUUAAGGCAUCUUCCAGCAAGUCACUGGGAAUUGAGCCCCAGUUUCAUCCAAAUACAAUUCAUUUGGGCUCCUUGACUUUGCAUUCCUCUUUCUGAAGUAAAAAGUCAGAAAAUAAGUAUCCUCAUUGAGUUUUAAAAUUGUACACCUGGCUUCAUAGAGAUAUUUGCUGUUCCUAGAAAUUUUCCAUACUGUGCUUCAUUUUAUAAUGAGGGGAAAUGAGAUUACAUAUUACAUAUUCAUAUGUACAAAAGCUAGGUCAAGGCUUCUUCAUGUGUGCAAUAUAUAUAUAUAUAUAUAUGUUAACAGACUCUAAAAAAUAAAAUAACACAUUUAAAAUAAAAA